AUGGCUGACGAGGAAGUAGGCGAAGAAAAUGUCGAAGAAAUCCAUAUUGAAGAACCUAUUCCUGAAGAAGUGGAAGAAGAAGCCGAAGUAGAGUCGAUUCUCACAGAAUACGAUCCGGAUGAUUUUUUAUCCGGUGCUGUCAAUUCGUCGGACUCUACAAUACCUCAUAACUUAUUUGAAUUUGAAUAUUCUUAUGGUUACAACUGUCAAAAGUACUUCAAUCUAUGUGCAUGCGAUGAUUCUGUCGUGUGCUGGGCAGCUGGAAGUAUAAUCACAUUUAUGGAUGUGAAUACUAAGCAGUUGUGGUUUCGUAGAAGCACUACUGGAGGAUCCGUAGGAGCGGUGACGUCACAUAGGAAAGAUCCCAAUUACCGUAUCGUUAUAGCGGAAGGUAGAGAAGGGUUCCGUGAUCCUGUAAUAUUACUUUACACCUGGCCUCAAAUGGAAAUAGAUGCUGUCUUACGUGACGGGACAACUAAUGCAUAUUCAGUCUUAGAUUUUAGUCCAGAUGGAGAGCUCUUGGCGUCAGUAGGAAAGGAACCCGAUUACAACUUGACCAUAUGGAACUGGAAACGACACAAAAUUCUGUUACGCACAAGUGCAUUUUCAUUUGAUGUUAACACAGUCAUGUUUUCGCCCUAUUGUCCAGGUCAACUUACUACAGCCGGAGCUGCACAUAUCAAGUGUUGGAAAAUGGCGCACACAUUCACAGGAUUGAAACUAAAAGGAGAAUUAGGGAGAUUUGGGAAAACAGAGAUUUGUGAUGUACUCGGUGUUUAUCCUAUGCCUGAUGAAAAAGUUCUUUCUGGAUGCGAAUGGGGUAACGUUCUUGUUUGGGAGGCAGGUCUAGUGAAAUUAGAGAUACAAUUCAUGUUAAGUCCUGCUGGUGACGAAGUGACCACUAUUGGUCGGGACGGUUACAUACGCGCUUGGUACUGGGAUACUGUAGAACAGGCUGAUCCGCCCGAAGACGAUCCCUUUGUGGAAUUAAAUCCUGUUGCGGAAACUUUUGUACCGGGUUGCCAAAUAAUGUGCUUGAAACAUCAAAAAGACAUGUACUGGUAUGCACAAGAUGGAAACGGUGGCAUUUGGACAGUGGAAUUAGAAAUUGACAAGUUAGAAUGCAAUCAUCGUAAAGUUAUGACUUGUCACGCCAGUGGGGUAGUCUCUAUGGCAGUACUGCGCACACAUCCUGUUCUAAUAACUGCUGGCGAGGACGGGGCUUUACAUGCGUAUAACACUGAAACGCAUAAGUUAUUAGCAAGAUAUCAGUUUCCGGCUGCUGUCACUUGUAUGAUGUAUCCUCCUAUAGACGUUAAUGAAACGUCGUGCAUAAUAUUAGUUGGGUUCUCCGACGGUAUUAUGAGAACUUUGUUUGUACAUCCGGAGAGACUUCAAAGGCAGGCCUCAUUGGUUGAAGUACGCGUACAUUCAGCUCUCACUAUCCAUAGCGACGACUCUGUCAACGCCGAUGUCCUUGACUUAAUAUCGUUACAAAAACCUCACUCGAAAUCCUUAACACAAAUAACAAUAAACGAGCAUCGUACGUUACUAGUCACGUGUGGAGAAGACUGUACCAUUUUUAUGUACCACUUAGAACUUGGAACGCCUUUCAAACUACAUACUCUGGGCUUUAUACAAACCCCCAACAAUGUGGCUUUUAUGACUUGGAAACCUGACGAAGAGCGAGUUCUUCUUCUAUGUGGACAAUUAGGUGUUAUAAUUGAGGCAGUGCUACCAGACAUUCCAGUUAAAAAAUAUACUGAUAUCACUACCUUCAAACAGGAGUUCAUUUCCUACCAAGAAAUACUGGUGAAAAAAUAUUUCAUGCAAAAUAGACCAUUUCCCAUGGAAGAGGAUUUAGCUAGUAUAGACGAAGAAGCUCUUAAAGCUCAAGAGGAAUGUGAGAAAGACAACGAUGAAGAAGAAGAGGAUUGGAUUGGAGAAAUUCAACUUGUUGAAAGCGAAAAUACGCCAGGAAGUACGAUAACAUGGGCUCAAUACUGCGACGAAGGUAUAUGGGUGGUACAACAAGGCACGGCCGCUCUCUUACUUGUCAAACCUGGCCAUAACAAGAUAUUAAAAUACGGACCCUUUCCAGGGGCCUGGUGUGAUGACAUAACUGCUUUAAGAUUUAUAUGCGAGAAUCGUUACCUCAUUGUUGGUACUAACUGUGGAUGUAUUCGCGUAGUCCGCAUGCCCACUGGGGAUGAAGACACACCUGAGUAUCAUUAUAUGACUUGGAAAUUAGCGCAACAAAAGCUACUGAAAAAAUUAAAAGGGCGACGAUUGGCUAAAGAGGAGACCCAACCAACGCCCCGCAUAGAUUUCGUUGACAACUACUACUUGGCAAUGCAUGACCAUUACACCGGCGCUAUUACAUGUAUGGAAUUUAGUUCGGAUGGAAAGUUUUUAUUUACGAGCGGAGCAGAUGGUAAUAUUUUCUCGUAUAUAAUAAAUUUUACACAGCCAUUACUACCUUCACCUUUGUUACCACCUACUGUAGAAGUUCCGAAAAUAGAAAGAAUGAAAGAACCAAGCACUGUAGAUGGAGAACUUAUGUCUCACGAAGAACUCAAACAAAAAGAAGAAUAUGACAAAAUGAUAUCUAUAGCCAAUGCUCAUAAAAAGCGCGUUCGCGACCAACUGGCCGAGCUUACCGCAGAAUAUAGUAAAUUGAUUAAAGCGAAUCGAGCGUUACCAUAUUCACAACAAAUCGAUGUGACGUUGGACCCCCGUCCUCUCGUUGUCCAAGAACAAGAACUAGAUCAAGCUAAAGCCCUCACUCGCCGCAAGUUAGCGCAUCAAUUGGAGGCUUCUGAUUUGGCGCUACACAAAAUGUAUUCAAGAAACAUCAUACAAUUGGAUGUGUUUCCUUUCACUUUGAAGGCGAUAAGAGAUCCCGAAAUUAUGAUAAGACCUUUGCGACAAAAGAAUCUAUCCAAGGCUUUUUAUAGCCAACUUGAAGAAGUUCACCAGAAAAUGGCUGAAGCAUCAUUACGUGGAAGACGUACUGAAUCAACAAUACAGAAAGUGGCUAUUAAGAAAGCAUCAUUCGGUCCACCUAAAGUGGCAUCAUUUUUACUCGGACUGCCGCCCAAUCCCUCGCAUCCGUUAAAAAAGGCUCUUCGUAAUUAUUAUCAAAGAAUGAAUCGUCAUCACAUACAAUUCAUCGAGUGGCAAGAACACUUGUCCCGUAAACCUGACGCACUUGCUUUACCGCCCGGCGCUGCAGACGCGCUCAAAGAAGCGGAGGCUACUAUUGGCAAUCGGGUUCUUAAAACACAGCCGGACUACGUCGCGCCUCAGGGGCAUAAUACACAAUUGCGUAUUUGCCUUGCUAGAAAAGAGAUAUAUGAUAAUAAGCGUGAGUUCAACGAAAAAGUAUUGAAAUUAAGAGAACAAAAGGUUUGGCUGGUUACCAAAAUGCAGGAGAUUGGUCGGCGUCUAACUGAAAUACGUAGCGAAAUACCACACAAGUUGGCGAAGCAGCCCCCCGCUAUUCCACACAUUGAUGAAGACCUGGAAUUCCCUGAAAAAAACUUAGAGAUUAAACCGGAAAUAAUUAUACCGCCGGGACAAAGGGCAACAACUGCUAGGAAAACUCAAGAAAGGAGGAAAUCAAUGCUCUAUCCACAACAGCGGGUCCGACAACCGAGAGUGACGCGUUUUAUUCCAAUCACAGAGUCUCGACCCCUUACCGCCUCGUGGGAGUUGCUAAAACCAAAACCAGAUCAAGAAUCUUCCUCUAUUGAAAUAGAAAUUCGUGAAAGGCGUAUUGAAAGGCAUUUAUACGAGCAGGAUAUGUUACUUGCCGAUGCGAAGGUGUUGGUUCAGCAGUUUGAUUCGAGACUUCAAGAACUACAACGGGAACGUAUUCGAGUGCAGGAGAAAAAUCAGCUUCUUGAGCUACAUUUGUACCAGUUACACAGAGAGAUGACAGUGCUCAACCGCUUCGAAGCCCAGGAGGACAGACUGGCUGAAAGAGUGUAUGCUAAAUUAAUGCAGGUUCGAGGUGUAAACGAUCAGAUAGAGGACUGUUUACAACGUAUAGAGGAACAUAAGGCCGAAAAGGAAGACCUUGAUUUAGCAUGUCAAGAUUUACAACGCCAAUUUAAAAAGUUGGUACAAGAUAACAAAUUUGCUGAUUUCUUAAGAAGAAUAUUUAAAAAGAAAUAUCGACCUCCACGCGACCGUAAUGAGGAUGAAUCAUCGGAAUCAGAAUCAUCAUCAUCGUCAAGUGAAGAAGAAGAUGAAGGCAGUUUGGAUAGCCGAGACAUUGGACCGAUACGACUCGAUCCCAAUAUUUGCCCGGAAGGAUGCGACGUAGACAUUUAUAACAAAACCUAUGAGCUUAGGAAUACCAGGCAUAAACAUGAACAAGAUAUGCUGGAACAAGAUAGAUUAGUCGAACUUCUACGCAAGGACAUUGACGCCCAUAACAAAAUUAAAAGGAAGUUUACAGUGCAAUUGGAAUCACGCAAACAAGAAUUACGAGAAUUCAUGAUGGAAAAACAAAGCUGCAUGAACGAAGUGGACCAAGUGAUAAUACUCCGGUACGACCAGAUCCGAGCGUCAGCGCUGCGCGGCUGCACCGGCCCCGGUGGUCUCUCCAACACGGUAGUCUUCCCAGAAAAAAUGCUGAGUAAAUUGCGCAAGAGGGUUCUGGAACUACAAGAUGAGAUAAAGCAACAGAAACAAAGACAAAAAGUAAACCGCACCCACCUAUUCCGCAUGAACGUGGACCUGCGCGCGAUGGAGGCCCGCGCACGCGAGCUGACCGCACAAAUGCGCGAUGUGCUGACGCGCAAGUUAGGCCGCCCGCGCCGCGUGGACCGCACGCUGGACGAGCUUCUGCGACAGCUCGCGAGGCGGCACAAGUUCCGUGCCGCGCUCGCAGCGGUGCCGAUACUGCUGAAGCAAGUUGCUGAAUGGCGGAAACGUCACAGCAAAUUAGAACAAAAAUAUCUGACUGUGCUGAAUAAGUACUCAGACCGUCUUCGUCUUGCCGCCGCACUACAAGCAGAAGUUUAUCCACAAAAGCAACAUGAAGUGUUAACAACUCCAAAUAACAAAUUUUAUCAGCCUGCCAAAAAUCCAUCAAUAAUGGCGGGAGGCUACGAGCCGGAGCAGUAUCAGCGCGAUGUAGUGCGUCUUCGCAUCAUACGCUCACAACAAUUGCAACAAAUAAAGGCCCUAGAAGAAGAGAUCCAUGGGUUGCGGUUAAAACCUCUAUCCCACGUAAUAUCGCCACCAGUGCUAUCCCCGCCGGUGUCGGAUCAUUCUGAAAUUAGCCUUAACAUGGUGCCGCCUACCGCGAGGCCGUCCAAGAGAAAAUACUUCCCUAUUACGCCUCUUGGAUCUCAAGUGAAGUUAGUGUACGAAGUGAACUUGAUGAAAUUGCUAUACGAUUGCUUGGACACGAUGCGCGUGACACGCGACGAUGCUGAGGAACUGCUACAGGAGCUCACCACUGAGCUACCCAAAGUUGUUUCAGGUGCUAAAAGUCGUUUCGAGGUUGUAGAUUCUUUAGUUAAGAAAUGGCUGCUAAAGUAUGGCGGUGAUCCAAGUUUAUACAAGAAGCAAACUCGAGCUUUCGACGCCGUCGCCACUUUAGCUGAUCGCCUUAUAAAAGAACAUGUGGAAGCGAUAGAAGGCUUCGAUCCUAAAACCCACGAAGUGCUGCAGUCCCUAGAGACGGCCCUGAAGGACGUGGCGGGGGUGCAGCCGCUAAGAGCUCGCCUCGGCCCAACGCUCGCCUCGCUCAUACACACUGCCCACGCCGACACUGAUGAAACUAUGACGAUGGCAAUGACCUCCCUCGUACAAUCUUUAAUGGACGAGGAACAUCCCCUUACAAAAGAAUCCAUCGACUCAAUUGAUGUGUUCAAUGUUAUUGAAGAUAUUAAAGAUUGUGGAGUUAAAGCGCCACAGGAAGAACUAGAAAACGUCGUAAAACUUGCAAUCGACUGUCUCCGCGCCCAAAUCCUCACGCCGCAAGAGAAACAGCAACUGCAGGAGGAUGUUAAAGAGGCUUUCCAGAUUGACACGGUGUCAAUUGUCGAAGAAGCCAUACUUAAAAAGGAGGAUACUGAAGAAAGUGACAAA